GAUUGGUCAACUCGUGCUGGGUUUUUGUCAAUUGGAGAUGAACCUCGUUCUCUGCCAUGUUGGAUAGCGCGCUGCAAAGCCUGUCCUUUUCUGGGGCAGUCACACGACACCCAGUGCUUUCCUGUUACACUGUGCCCCAAUGUGUAAAAUUUAGUAAAAACGCGCUCUAUCUGCUUAAAGUUAGUAUGCUGCGAGAAGUCCUGGUUUAGACCGAAAUAAAGCAAGAAUAAAAUAGAGAAAGGCUCAGUGCCUAGCCGAAGAGCUGGGCGUCAUUCACGUGAAUCUGUAAUGAUCUCGGCGCCGAUGAGACUAUCGUUGAGCAACUCGCUUGAGGAAGACGUUUGAUUUUGGCUUGCUGGGUAGCUUCAGAUACUUGUCCAGAAUGCCCCGUUCGUUAACCGCAGGCUUGUACCAGAAACCAUCCUUAGACUUUAGUAGGAUGGAGGGCUCGGUUUGUGGCAGUGAGAAAAAGGACAUUGCGUGUCUUUUGGUCCCUCGCACCUCCUGUAGCGUCCCUAGUAACCGAGCCCCUAGUAACCGCCCGCCCCAAGCCAGGAUCUGCGAGGUCGGGGGCGGCGCCAGCUCACCCGCCCCGGGCGGCGCGGGCGCUGAGGCUCGAGGCGGGGCGAUGGCUUCCCCGCACCGGGCGGCCAGGCAGGCGGCCGCCAGUCUCCACCUGCCGGUAAAUCUCACCACCGGAGCAAGGGGCGCCCAGUACGAACACGAAGACCCCUUCGAGUCCCUGGUAGCAGCGGCGUUGGCGGCAGCCGUGGAGGAGGAACAGAAAGGGAUGCGGCCGGCGCGGGCGUCGGCUGGUGGUGGUGGCAGCUUUCCUAGGGAGGAUGAAGGCGUGACACUCCAGGACGUCAUAGACUUUUCUGAUAUUUACCACUCUAAUGAAGAAUAUUUCAGGAAACUAAGAGAGCUGAAAGCUGCCCAUGCAGAAACCAUGGCAAAAUUAGAGAAAAUGUACCGGGACAAGCUAAACAUAAAAGACAUCCGGCCAGUGAUCAUCAGGGAAGAUUCUUCUAGUGUCUCCUCUGGUUCUGCAUCGGAAAAGGACUGCCCUCACCCUGCCCUUCUAGUGACAUCGCUCUCAGAGCCUGAGGUAGGCCGGUCACCCUCCUUGUCCACCACUUCUGAGGAGGAGCUGCCCAACCUGGAGAGAGAGGCUCCCCGGGGCAGCAGGAUGACAGCGUAUGCCAAGGAGCUCAUCAACAACAUGUGGACUGGCUUUUCUGUAGAAGACUAUAUUCAGCACGACUCUGACUUCCAAACAGCUAAGAAAACAAGGAAGAAACCCAAAACCUGGGUGCCUACAGUUACAGUGCCUGUGCCCUUUCAAAUGACACUCAGGGAGCAGAAGAGGAGAGAGGAGGCGCUGAGGGCCCGAGCGGAUCUGGAAAGGGACAACGAUGACGACGACGAUGUGGAGUGCAAGAGGAAAUUCCGAGCCAAUCCUGUCCCCCCCUGCCUGUUCCUCCCCCUGUAUGAGGAUCUGAUCAGGCAGAAAGAAGAGCGAAGGAGGACGGCCAGGGAGAAGAACAAAGCCGCACUCCUAGCCUCCCAGAGGCCGUUCAAGUUUAUUGCCAGGGAGGAGCAGAAGCAGGCGGUCCGUGAGAAGCAGCUGAGAGACCUUUUUAAGUCUAAGAGGAAAACGAAGCGCUUUAAAGCCAGACCCAUGCCUCAUUCUAUUUACAGGUCGGCUUCCAAUGACAAGGCGAAGGAAGAAGAGCUCUUUAGGAACAUCAGGAUGCAGCUAAGGGCCCAAGAACUGCUGCAGAAUCCAUCCUGGCCCUAUAGGCCAGCUGGCAGACCUCUCAGGGACCCCAGAAGUCCUGGAAAGCCAGGGGGUAAACACAGGUGUAGGUGCCUGAGCCCUGAUGAUGGAGACUUUGCUGAGAACCGACGGAAGGAGCCCUCCUCAGAACACUGCUUCCUGAACCCCUCCGCUCUUUAUAAACAGUGUGGUCUUCAGGAAUCCCCGUGUGACUCUGCUAAAAGACAGAAGAAAGUCUUGGCAGACAUGAGAGCAGUCGAAGAAAAUCUGAAAGAAACAUGCUGGCCUUAUCUGUCUCCAAAGCGGAUGUCCCCGGUCAGGAGUCCAUGUGCAAAGCCCAGGCCUUGUCUGUGGAGCCCUCCGAUGCCCACCGUGUCUUCCCGAGGGCGGGAACAAGCCAUCAGGAAAUCACUUGAGGAAAAGAAAAUGUUGGAAGAAGAGAGAAAUCGGAUCCUAACUAAACAGAAGAAAAGAAUGAAAGAAUUGCAGAAGCUCUUGGCAACCCGAGUUAAAGCUUAUGACUCACAUCAGGGCUUAGCCCAGAUGUCUAAAUCCAGAGUAAACCAUCUCAGAGAGUGUGAAAAGGCAAGGAUGAAAGAGUAUCGGAAAGAACUGGAAGAACGAGAUGAGAAGCUUCAGAAGAGGCCGAUGCUGUUUGAAAGAGUUGCCCAGAGAAAUGCAAGAUUGGCAGCAGAAAAGCAUUAUUCUGACACCCUAAAAGCACUAGGCCUGUCUGAGGAGUUUGUUACAGAGAAAGGCCAAGGUGGAAAAGUGUCUGAGAACAUCACCAGGCCAGAGCCGAGAAGCCACACAUCGGAUAAAGAAAGCUCGUAUGAAGAAGAAAGAGAGAAUGAGGAAGAAAGCUCUUUUCUUGAUGCCAACAGCCAGGAUUCUCACAAGGACAGCACGGGAGAUGUCAAAGAAAGCAGAGAAGAAAAUUCUGCAGAGUGAAGCUGAGUCACGAGGCUUCCGCUCACGGGGCCCUUCCUUCCACACGCGGCCUCAGGACCGCAGCCCCGCACUGGGCUGCCCUGAACACGCGCGGACAGCGCCCACGCAUGCAGAGCCGCUGAACCAAGGCGUCCUGUCUGGAAAAGGCUGUGUCCACACAACGGCCGGUUUGAUUGCUAGAUUACAGCUCUGCUGUCUGCAGUUCUGAAAUUGCUAUGUACGCUGUUUGUGAUUAUGAUUGUAUUUUAUUUUCAAAGUGUUUGAGGGUUGGAGAACCGCAGCUGUCACAAAUGGGUCAGUUAUGGAAAUGGACAUUUACAUUUGGUGGGGAAAGGAGUUUGGUGUUGAGAGAACUAUUAGCUUUUGAAGAUCUAUUUUUAAAUUUACUAAGUCUUUUCAAUUUUUUCAAAUAAUAUACAGAAAAAAUAAGUACUUAGAAAUUUACUGCUAAAUUAUCCAUACCAUGGCUACUUUUUCUUUUUUUGCCCUUUUUUUUGUGGAGAUUAAAUCCAGGGUUCACAUAUACUUAGCAUGAAUUCUACCAUUGAGCUGUACCCCUAAUCCCCCCAAAUCCUUUUUGAUAGGUAAAGUAUUAAAAUAAUUUAUCUUA